AUGGCCGCCGCUGCGAGAUUACCCUCAUCUGUCCUCGAAGUUGUGUUCUCGUAUCUGGACAUAGCAGACCUGCGUCAUUGUUCACUGGUCUGCAAAAGUUGGUAUAAAUUUCUCAACGAUGAGGACAAUGACGUUUGGAGAUUUCACUGCGUAAGGAAACUGGCGGAGGAGGCUCUCAAGUCGGAUGUGUUAUCCAACGUGCCGACCUACAAAGCCAAGCUUCGUGCCUUCUACCACGCAUGGAAUCCAAAUGAUUGCUCUCGGAAUAUCUAUGUCAAACACAACGGUUUUACUUUACACAGAAACCCAAUAGCCCAAAGUACGGAUGGGGCCCGAAGCAAGUUAGGUUUUCGAACUGGUCGCCAUUGUUGGGAAGUUUGGUGGGAAGGUCCGUUGGGCACAGUGGCUGUCAUUGGUUUAGCUACAAAAGAAGCUGCGAUGCAGUGUCAUGGUUACGUCUCUCUUUUAGGCAGUGAUACCCAUAGUUGGGGCUGGAAUCUUGUCGAUAAUCUCUUGUUACACAACGGCGACAAUCAGGGAAAUUAUCCUUUGUUAAAUAAUGCACCAAAAUAUCAGGUUGGAGAGAGAAUACGGGUUAUAUUGGACUGUGAAGAUAAUACUUUAGCCUUUGAAAAAAAUUAUGAAUUUCUUGGUGUUGCAUUCCGUGGUUUACCAAAUACUCUUUUAUAUCCAGCCGUUUCUGCAGUCUAUGGCAAAACUGAAGUCUCUAUGGUUUACUUAGGGCCUCCUUUAGAUGGAUGA